AUGGAAUUUGUAGGCUCUCCCUUGGAUGAACUAUACCUAAGUCCUGAUCAACUAGAAGACAACAGCCGAGGAGGAAGGAUGGGUCGAAGGAGAUACAACGAUGUAGUAGAUGGACCUCCCAUUUACAAAUCCAAGAAUCUGAAUGCCGAAAGGAAGAGAAGGGCGAAGCUCAGUGACAGACUCCUCAAGCUACGCUCAUUAGUCCCCAUUAUCACAAAUAUGAAUAAAGCGACGAUCGUUGAUGACGCGAUUACUUAUAUCUAUGAGCUGCAGAAGGAGGUGAACAUGCUUCAGGAACAGCUCUUUGAGAUGGAAGCAUUGUCUUCACUAGAGGUGCCGGAGCCAAAGCCGAGGAAAAAAGAAACUGAUGCAGCAGAAGAGAUGAAGAAAUCUGGGAUUCAGGCAGACGUUAGUGUGACUCAGAUUGAUGGGGACAAACUUUGGAUAAAGGCGGUUUUCGCGAAGAAAAGAGGUGGAUUUACCAAACUGAUAGAGGCCAUGACUGAGUUUGGGUUUGAACUCAAUGAUACCAGUGUCACUACCUCAAAUGGAGCAAUGCUUGUUUCUUCCUGGGUCACUGCUGAAAGGUUGCUUUGCACAAUUGCACAGUUCAUAAUAGACAUAGAUGAAUAUAGCUUAAUAGAACACAUCGACUGGAUUCCAUUGCGAUACGCUUCCAGUGCAGCAAACCAGGGAACUGAUGCUGGACAUCAUUAA